CGCUGUGCACCAGGCCUCGGGCCUGGUGGUGGUGGUGGCAGAAGUGCACGUGGGCCCGUGCUGGCAGGUCUCUGGCAGAGGCUUCGGCUACCAGAGCGGUCGAUGCUGCCAGCAACAGCCACAUCCAGUGGGCAACAGAAAGUGCCCCUCAACUUGCCCAGGCCUUCUGCUAGCGAUCGCUGCUUCCACAGCUGAUGCUCCCAGGGGUGCAUGCGCACCCCCUGAGAUGGGCUGUGCACCCCCUGGGAGCACCAGCUGCAAAACUGGAAGUGCACUUCAGGUUUCACUGCUGGCUGGAUGAUCCCCCCCCACCCAGACAAUCUGGUACCCCCCCAGACUCGGGAGGCACUGGUCGACCAUGCUGGAGCCGUCCGAAGAGUUGUCACCAUGGCUGUCGACUGGAUCGGUUUUGGUUAUGCUGUGUUGUUGGCUGCCGGAGGUGCCAUGGGAUAUGUACGGAAAGGUAGUAAAAUCUCUCUGGUAGCUGGUCUCAUCUUUGGAUCAGUGGCUGGUUAUGGAGCUUAUUGUGUAACACAUGACCCCAGAGAUGUGAAGAUAUCGUUAUUUUCUGCUUUUCUUCUGACCAUUGUAAUGGGAGUAAGGUUCAAGAGGUCCAAGAAACUAAUGCCAGCUGGCCUAAUAGCUGGUAUAAGAAUUGCUAAGUAUCUGUGACUCCCACUGAAGACUUACCUUUGAAAAUUGGUCUGCUUAUAUUUAGUAGCUUUGAUUUUUGUGCCUGAGAUUGGGCAUCUGAAUUUGAAAGUCCUGGCCAACAUUACUGCAAAUGACUACAUAAAGCACCUGUUUCAUUCUUUUGCUACUGUUCAUCUUGCAUAUUUAAAGGCAUUUUCUGUAUUUUAGUUCUGUACAAAAUUCCAAACUUGCUCUUCCAGUGACUCCAUAUUUCAAAACUCUUUUCAAUGUCCAAGUCCUAAUUAAUAUUUAAAAUGGGAUAAGCUGAAAACUGCACUUAAAAAUCAAACUUUCUUCUUUUUCAUACAUCUGAUAGCUAAAAAUUGUGUUAUCAGAAAAUUAACUGACAUUUUUACUGGUGCUGUAUGAGGUAAAUGAUGUGUCUCCCUUCCUGAACCUGUAUUGUCCAUGCACAACUAAUUGAUGACAACUUGUUAGCAUUGUAUCAUAAACCAUAUUGUCAGUUAUGUUCUCAGAGCAGUAUUUUCAGCAAAAGGGAGCAUUAUGAUCAUCCUGUCUAAUGCUUCCCUUCCAACAACAUACUACAGGCCAUGCUUAAAAGGAAAGCAUUUUAGUUUUCCAAGCUUCCUUGUAGCAGUUUUGUCAGUCCAGGCCUCUUGUAAUUUUUUUAGAUGAAACUGAUGACUAUCAGAUAGAGCUUGAUCUUAAUGCUUUAGCCUGGGCAGUUUGUCUAUAAAUCAUCAAUAAUGUGAAAGAAUUAUGGUGACUUUGAAAUAGCUGGAUCACAUAGUAAAAGCAAUUUAGUAUUUUUGUUUUCAAAGAAACUCUCUAAUGGAUCGCAAUUUAAAGGAUGUCUUAUCACUCACUUAGGGUUUCUAUCACUGUAAUUCCAUUCACCUACUCUGGCUACACAUACAUGUAAGUGAAAAUUGGGCCCAAAGGGUAUAUGAUUCUUGGCAUUCUAUAAUCCCUAAAGCCUCAUUUUCUACACUGUUGCUUUUUUUAUGUUGAUGUAAUUUCAUUAACUUGACAUAGAGCUGGUGUAAUACUAGAGUCAUGUUCUAUAUAGAGAAAUGCUUUAAAAGGUCCUCUUUUCAAGGUUGCAGAUUCUCUCAUCUCUCAACCAAUAGCACAUUCCAUGUAUAAGCUCUUUGCUGUAUGAUUGUCAAUACACAAACUUUAUUGUGUGUUUUUAAA